AUGGCUACUCUACCGCCGACUCUCCACCCUGCCUCCCUGGAUAUGGGCGUGCCCGCCGGUCCGCUGGGAGAAUGUACGGCCGAAGCAAAACGAUUUGCCGCGGCAGCCUUGAUUCAGAUGCACGAUGCUGGAGACGCUGGGAACGCUGGGAACGCCGCCGAACCUCCUCAAGAAUAUCUUUCGCCAAGCAUCAUCCUGGACAACGAGACGCAAGACUCGCAGGCAUGUUAUGAGGGGGAUACGAUAUUGUCUGCGGCCCAGGCGUUGCAUGACGCAUCGUGGGCCAGCCUCACCACACAUGAGACUCCUUUCGGCCUGACGGACUCCAUGCAAUGCGGUGCUUGCAGCGAUGCGGCAUUCGCUGCGGCAUACGCUGUCAGCGGCAUUUGCCUGUGCAGCAGCGAUGGAUACGACGCGCCAGUAUUACAGCAGCGCAGCUGGGACAUCGUGGACACUACGCAGCUGGACUGUUCGACACCACCAAGCACAGAACUCACUCCGCCUGAUGUCUGCCUUGCCGAAAGGACUCUGGAUCUGGACAUGGAGCCCUUGGACGCAGCGUCCCUAGAGGAUGCGUUUGACGAGCUUGACGCAAGGCGACGCGCUGAGCAGGCCUCGGGCUCGUCUGUCUCGCCAACAUCACUAGUCAGCACGCCGGCGACGUCAGCCGAUCGAGGUCUGCUCUGUAACGCGGCGAGUCAGUGCGUGGGACAAAAGAUGGGAGGGAAGCCCGCACCAAAGACGCAGCAAAGGAAACCGGGCAGGGGUCAGUUCAAGAACGGCAGGGAGCAUGCAAAAAACGACGACGCUCGUCGAACCGACAACGCACGCCACAGCAGCGCAGAGCCGGUGAAGAGUUUUUUCCUGGCAUCGGCAGCUGCCUUCCAAAGGAACAGCAAGAAGCUCGUGUUCACACCUCAGCGAAGAAGUCAUGUCUGGGUGUCCGACGCCGGCCUGGAAAGGGUCGAGCUUGAACCCGGAAGUAUCACGGAGACACCGUGCUGGAUGGACGUCCGCCCGGGCGGCGCCGCCAGCUAUGCUGUCCGGCUGUCUUGGCACGCAGAUCAAGAGGUUUUCUGCGGCCGGGACGAGAUUCGCGGAAAGAGGCUGGCGAUCAGUCGCGAGAUGGCACACGACCUGCUGCUCGCCGUUGGGGAAAGUCAUCCGUUUGAUUAUGAGGCUAUCGAGCUGUUGAGUGGAAGCCUGACGGAGUAA